GCAGCGCAUGUGCUGGGAGGACCUGGGCUUUCAACUUGUGCAUGUCGUGUUCUGUUUGGGCUCUUUUGUUUAUGUAAAAUAGGAAGAGGUGUUUUGCUGCCAGUCGCUAUAGGCAUGUAGUGAGAAACCUCCAGGUGUUCUCUGAGAGCCCCACGCUGUCCAGUGUUCCUGACGUGCCGUCUAUAAAGCCAGUGACAGAAUACCAAUCUCUGGUCUAUAGCUUCUUGCAGGGACCUUCAGGCAAAAAUGAAGGGAGCAGAGAAAGCAUGUGUUGAUGACAAGGCAGGGGAACUUCUUACAGAGGCCAACAUUAUCAGAUGGAGGAGAGUCGAAUCUCUAUGGGGCUGCAUCCAGAUCUCAUUAUGCAUCAGAAAAAUGAAAAAACAGAGGAAAAUUCUAUGGAGGAAAGGAAUCCACUUAGCCUUUUCUGAGAAAUGGAACACUGGGUUCGGAGGCUUUAAGAAGUUCUACUUUCACCAACACUUGUGCAUUCUGAAAGCCAAGUUGGGAAGGCCAGUUACUUGGAGCAGGCAGUUGAGGCAUUUCCAGUGCAGAAAGAAGGCCCUUCAAAUCCAGAAAACGUGGAUCCAGGAUGAACCCCUUUUUGCUAAGACAAACUCCAAUGUGGCUGCUCAAAAUGUUAGUACUUUGUCCUCUAAAGUGAAAAGAAAGGACACUAAACACUUCAUUUCCUCUUCAAGGACCCUCCUGAAACUCCAAGCAGAGAAGUUGCUGUCAUCAGCAGAGAAUUGUGACCAUGAAUACUGUGGAGAGAAGAGUUUCUUGAAGGCAGUUGCUGACUUACCAGCAAAUAGUAUUUUAGGUCAGGCCAAUGGUCACAGACCUAGGACAGAGCCACAAGCUUCUGACUUUCCCAUGAAGUUCAAUGGGGAGAGCCAAAGUCCAGGUGAGAGUGGCACGAUUGUGGUCACCUUGAACAACCAUAAGAGAAAGCGUUUUUGUUAUGGCUGCUACCAAGGGCUGGAGCAACACAGGAGUGGGGGACCCUUGAUUCCAAAAAAGUUCCAACUUAGCCAACAUAGAAGAGUAAAAGUAUCUCCUCUUAUGAUGUAUGAGAAAUUAUCCAUGAUUAGAUUUCGGUACAGGAUUCUCAGAUCACAGCACUUCAGAACAAAAAACAAAGUUUGCAAGCUAAAAAAAGCCCAGCAAAGCUGGGUGCAGGUCACUGGGGACCAUCAAGAGACCCUUAGGGAGAAAGGUGAGGGUGGCAGUUGCAGCCCAUUUCCUCCCCCAGAACCUAAAGACCCUUCUUGUCAGCGUCAACCAUACUUCCCAGAUAUGGACAGCAGUGCUGUGGUGAAGGGAACGAACUCUCAUAUGCCUGAUGGCCAUGCUAAAGGAAGCCCUUUCUUGGGCAAAGAGCUUAGUUUAGAUGAAGCAUUCCCUGACCAACAGAAUGGCAGUGCCACAUACUCCUGGGACCAGUCACCCUGUUCCUCUCCUAAGUGGGAGUGUACAGAGCUGAUUCAUGACAUCCCCUUACCAGAACAUCAUUCUAGUAACACGUUUGUCUCGGAAACUGAAAGAGAAGUUAUGACUCUGGGUCAGGAAAAUCGGACAAGUACUGUCAAUGAUGACAGACUAAAACUGUCAGUGUCUGGGACAGAUCAAUCUGUGAGUAGUGUAGAUGGGCCUGUAUCCGAAGAGACUGUUCAGUAUAAGAGCUCAUGCCACAUGGAUGAGGAUGGAUCUCUCAAGCAGAACAUUCUUAGUUCUAAGUUGCUGGACCACCCUUACUGUAAAAGUCCACUGGAGGCUCCUUUGAUGUGCAGUGGACUCAAACUAGAAAAUCAAGUGGGAGGUGGGAAGAACAGUCAAAAAGCAUCUCCAGUGGAUGAUGAACAGCUGUCAGUCUGCCUUUCUGGAUUCCUAGAUGAGGUUAUGAAGAAGUAUGGCAGUUUGGUCCCACUCAGUGAAAAAGAUGUCCUUGGAAGAUUAAAAGAUGUCUUUAAUGAAGACUUUUCUAAUAGAAAACCGUUUAUCAAUAGGGAAAUAACAAACUAUCGGGCCAGACAUCAAAAAUGCAACUUCCGCAUCUUCUACAAUAAGCACAUGCUGGAUAUGGAUGAUCUAGCGACCCUAGAUGGUCAGAAUUGGCUGAAUGACCAGGUUAUUAAUAUGUACGGUGAGCUGAUAAUGGAUGCAGUCCCAGACAAAGUUCACUUCUUCAACAGCUUUUUUCAUAGACAGCUGGUAACCAAAGGAUAUAACGGAGUAAAAAGAUGGACUAAAAAGGUGGAUUUGUUUAAAAAGAGUCUUCUGUUGAUUCCUAUUCACCUGGAAGUCCACUGGUCUCUCAUUACUGUGACACUCUCUAAUCGAAUUAUUUCAUUUUAUGAUUCCCAAGGCAUUCAUUUUAAGUUUUGUGUAGAGAAUAUAAGAAAGUAUUUGCUGACUGAAGCCAGAGAAAAAAAUAGACCUGAAUUUCUUCAGGGUUGGCAGACUGCUGUUACAAAGUGUAUUCCGCAACAGAAAAAUGACAGUGACUGUGGAGUCUUUGUGCUCCAGUACUGCAAGUGCCUCGCCUUAGAGCAGCCUUUCCAGUUUUCCCAAGAAGACAUGCCCCGAGUGCGGAAGAGGAUUUACAAGGAGCUGUGUGAGUGCCGGCUCAUGGACUGAAACUCAGCAGGGACUCUGGGAAGUCUGACCAAGAUGGAGCAGAUGGUUUGUUACUUGAAUCUCCAAACACUUAUUUGAAUUUUUAUAGAUAUUUCAGAUCAGUGGUGUUGGGCCACUAUUGUUACCUCAAAUUUAUUUUUUGCCCUUAUUCAUUUCUCUAUCUACCAUGUACUAUUUUUUAAUGUUCAGUUUGGUUUCAUUUUUAUUUUUAUGGAUUCUGCGUGUUUCCCCCCAUAUUUAAUAUUUAUUAUCCAAACGCAUGCAUAUAGACAGAGCAUGCAGUGCAGAGUAUUAAAAAAAAAAAGAAAAAAAAACCUAGUAGAUUUGGUGCAGCUUUUGAAACUUAGUUAGACAUGAACUGAAUACAGGUUUAAAAUUUAAUACCAGAACCUAAAAAUGCAGGAUGUUUUUGAUACAACAUAACUCUGAGAAUAGUAGAUGUUCCCUGGGGCAUGAAGGGUAGUUAGGAGUGGUUUUGACAAAGCCAGUCCUGUUUUACUUCUACCAGCAGCACCUUUCACUGACUUCCCUUUCCAAGUGAGUCUUGGAGAGUGAGCUGCAUUCCUUUUGAAGGGUGAGAAGGAAGUGGCCAUAAACUGACUGGCGUGUUCUGUUUAUAGAGGCACACUUGCAGGCACAGUGCCUGCUCUGGCAAGAGUUGACUAAGGUAUGAGAAAAAGACAACGAUCUUGAGGGUCUAGUUAUCUUAACACAUGGAGAGAUUUCAAUUUUGGUUUUAAGACGAAUUAUAAUAAAUGCCCAAAUCUUACAAAUGCUAUUGCUGGAACAUUGAAUUCCCUGGAUUUUUCUGUUAUUGAUCAUUAAAAAACUUAAUAUCCAUCAAACUAGUGGUCAGACAAAUGAGAAUUCAGCCUAAGAGUAAUUUACAAGUUGUCACUUCCCUUCUGUUGUCUUCUAUAUGAAAGAAAUUAAGAUUUGCCAAAUACCUUUCUAUUUCAAGGGUAUUUAAAAUAUAAACAUUCAAAACCGAAGACUGACUUCAGGUCUUUUGCAGGUGGGUGGGGAGAAGAGAGGAAGGGUAAUAAAGAUGACUUGAUUCUGUGGGAGUAAAGCAAAUGUCAUUACAGUUUGUUUCCUCUUGUCUCUUUAGUGAUCUCAGCAACAUGCAGGGCUCCUCAUCUGGCCUCUGCUUGACCAAGCCUGAGGCUCCAGCACAGGGAGCCCUUUUUUCCAGUCUGUGAACCUCAUCUUCUAGGGAAAGGCAGAAAUAGCCCUGUCCUUACACUUAGCUGCAUUAGGGUUAAAGUAAUGGAUCUUGCAUCUUUAGCCUUUUGUGAUAUUUGAAAGGAAAGGAAAUAAAGAAGAAGGAUGCAUGUUAAACUCCCAAAUUAUCUUUUCUGAAAGGGGGCAGGAAAGACAAUAAAUGUGUAUAUAAGAAACUCAGAAGCUUGUACAGAAAAAUACCAAGUAAAUGGCAAAAGAUACUUGGAUUUAUGCCUCUUUAGGUGUGGGGUGUUGAAAAUAAAAAGCUAAAAUGUGCAGUUUAACUUUGCCGUUAAGGUGAGGCUGACUGCCAGCAGUUGAGAGUGGCGUCAGGACAUGUUUACACGCAGGGUUCCCAUCCCCAGACAUUCCAAGCUCAACGCCAGUGUUUACAUUGUAAACAGCCCCAGCACUUUCCUGAGUCCCCCAGACUCCAACCCUUGGCGUAAAACCAGGUCAGUAUUUCUUGUUGUGCUUCAGGUCAUUAAAAAGACUGAGAUUAGAGGCACUUUAUGCUGCUACAGGUAGGGUUGUGUCAGCAUUAGGGAAGAUGACAAUUUCAAGUGGAGAGGAUGUCUUCUUCAAGUUUUCAGACAUAAUUAUGCAAACAUGCUAUUUUUCAAAUCUGUAAGUGAGACAUUUGCCUAACUUUUUUUUUUUUGUAGCUAUACAAAGUAGCCAGUAACUAAGCUAUCAAUUCAAAAUGUCUUAUACUUUAGAGCUCCAUAUUUCACCUCCUCACUGACAGAACUAGGCAUGCAGAAGAGACAGGAAGAACUGUAUUCUGUCAAGAAUCUGAAUUAAUGCCCAAAGCCUGAGUUGCUGUUUCCUCCAAUCUGAGAAAUGGUCACCCUCUCAGCACUGAGGCACGCAGGGAUGAGCACAGAGAACCUAAAGUGAGCUGUCCAAGUCCAGUUUCUCUUUCAUUUCCAGCUUAAUAGGGUACCUUGAGGUGUACUGUCCAGUGUGCUUUACUCUAAAUGUUAAACAUUUUAAGUUUGGUUAAAAUGUUUGUCAUUCAUGAAACUUGGUUUUACCACACAUAGCCUGCUUUCCCCACCCCUUCUUGUGAUUAGGUGUAAACCUCUGUUUAGCCCAAGUCCACAUUAGAAUGGCCUUUGUCCUGAUGUUUGCAAUAAUUGCUUCCUUGCAACAAAGACAUUUUUGAAACAUAGUCUAGGCUGUUGGUAGAAGAGACAGGCAUUGUUUUACUGUCACUAGCUUGGCACUGAAAUGUUUUGGUGCCCACAAGGUGGGCAGACCAUAUGCUUUUGGGGUUGAGUGCAGGCCUUGUACAAACCAAAAGCUACUUAUGAUGUGCCUUCAACAAGCUGCCCAGCCCUCUCCAUCAGCAAACUUACCAGUCUGCUUCUUUCCAGUGACUUUUCCUUUUGUUAAAUCUGUAGCAAUGAAUGUAGAUUUAAUUCAACUUUUAGUUAAGCUCUCUCAAGAAUCAUAGAGAACCAACCUUCUCUUAAGGAAGGGAACCUCUUAAGGAAGGGAAAAGAAGCAGUUGCUGCCAGUAAUCCCCAAAUCACAUUUUUGGCUUUGCAUUGUAUUUUCUACUUAUCACUGAAUACUAGUAACACUGGUCAUUUUGACUUCAUAGUUGGAACAAAACAAUAACAAACCUAACUGGGACAAAGCCAGCACUAGCCUAAGUUGAGCUGCCCUUUUUUCCUGCAGUUGUAGUUCACUGCUUCCCUGGGUUAGAAGAGAUAACUGGGAGCUCUGGGUGGAUCAGACCCUUCAGGGGAGAAACAGUUUAUUAAUAGUGUGAAUUAGAUAUAAAGACUACCUGCUCUGUUUAAUUCUGUUAAGAAACUGAACUAAUCAGCAGUUAUAAAGCACAUACUUUGUUAUGUGCUAGGCUCUGCCUCCUGGCCUGUAGAUAAUUAAGAAGACCCAGGGAAUACCAUCAGAGAAGUGCUAAUUAUAUUUGGGUGUUGCAAAAGCAGACCUAGACAAGCUGUUCACUUAAAUGGUACCUUUUGGUCAGAAAAAGAAUUUAUUUAAAGAGUGUGACGAUGUAAAAUUACUCAAACCUUCUAGCAAAAAUAUUUUUUUGAAAAAUAAACUAAAUGCCUUUAUAAAUGUGUGUUCUCGUGUGUUGAAUAACAUAUCCUGUUUGGUGAGUAGUAAUUUUUACCAGUGACAUUCCGGUCAUGACAAGGUUCAUUAAUGAACAGUGAUCCAUGUAGGCUCUAAGCAGCCUACCCUUAAACAGCACUGUCCAAUUGAAUUUUCUGCAGUGAUGGAAAUGUUCUAUAUUUGCAUCCAUUACAACAGCCACUAGCCACAUGUGGCUGUUGAGCAUUUGAAAUGUGACUAGUGUGACUGAGGAACUAAAUGUUUUAAUUUGGUUAAUUAGCUACAUGUGGCUAGUGGCUACCAUAUUAGGUAACUGUAAAAUCAAAAUGGACAUGCAAAUUCUACACAUUAUUCACAGAUCCUCCCUAAAACACAUCCAUAAAUACUCCUGAGUAAGCAAGUUCCAAUGUCCCUCGUUAUAGAUGAGGAAACGGGCACAAUGAUAUUGGUCCAACUUUAUUGAAAUCUGUUACAGAAGACACAAUUCAAAUAGGAACCACUGUCUGUGGUUUUAAGGCCUAUAGAAAUUAGAGUUAUGUUUUACUACAAAAGAAUAUAAAGUACAUUAAUUCAAACUACGAUGUAAAAAGAAACUUUAAAAAUGAAUAUUAUGUCCUCAUUAAAUUAAAUGUCUGCCAACAGUUUUUUCCAAAGCACUUACAACUAGUUAUAGCUCUUUUAAAAAUUCAAAUAACCAGUUUCAAUUUAAAGAGACAACCUACACUUACUGUACCAGGACAGAUGUUCACAUUGAGAUAUUUCAGCCCCAACUUUUCACAAAGUACUGGAAGUUACGAGAUACUUUGUUGCUAGAUGAAAAAAUUUCAUUUGUCAGGGAAAAUUAUACUAGACUAGCAGUUUUAAAUAAGCUAUAGUUCACACACAAUAUUAGAGAAAAAUCACCUCUUGCCUUACAAAUGCAAAAUAAAUUCUCUAGACUCCCUUCUCUGUAGAGACCAUCAGCUCACUAUCAAAGCUCUGAAACUCAGUAAGCACAAUUGGGGAAAACAAGACACACUUCAGUAUGGGAACUGGCCGAAACACAUUUCCUGAGGGAAGCAUUUGAUUGUUUUUGUUAAGCAUUCUCUGGAUCUUCAGGCUCUUUUUUAAACCCACUCCAUUCCCAAGAUCAUGCCGAAAAUGAAAAGAAUAAAUCUGAUGGCCCUCACAGCAACCAUCAUGUCAAGGCAAUUAAUUCAUGUCCCCGAUACUUCAUCCCAUUUCCUACUGACAGUGUCCCCCCUGCUCGUAUAAGUAUUUGAGGUUCUCCAUAAUACAAACCCUUGCUUUUUUUAGCUUUAGGUAUAACACUUACAUCUUUUGAAAAGUGUGUUUAGUAAAUACCCUUCCAAGUCCUGUCCCUAACUUCCUGAUCUGUAAAGCAUGGAAGUAGGUGGUGUCCCCUGGGUCUGUCUAAGGCGUACUUUUGCACCAACUAUUUAGAAAGUCCCCUUGACUCCUAAAUUUGCCUUUAGAGAUUAGAAUUCAACAUAGAAAACAAAUUCAGUUGUCAAACAUCUGUUCCUAAUUUAGAGCAAAGCUAUACAACAAAGCAAAACUCCAUUUAUUAAACUUUAUCCCACGCAAACUUAGAAUUAAAAAAAUAAUAAUUCCAGGCCCCAGUGCAGACCAUGAACCUACUUAGAUGCAAACACAGUAAACAAAUUUUUUAAGUUUUCCAGUCUUCCUAAAAAAAAGUGUGGUGUUUGGGUCUGAAAGAUCAACAUUAUAGAUCAAAUCUGUUGCCAAGGAACACAAUUUUUGAUCUGGUAACAGAAAAUCAUUCUGGUAACCUGACACAUGGCCAAGAUUCUAAGACGAAAGAAUUAAAGGCAUCCUUUUGGAUUCUGUCCUU